CGCCGACGGGCGUAAGAAGAGGACGACGAGGCAAGUUACUCGGGGCAUUCUAGCAGAAGACACCGUCAGACUAUGUCAGACCGGAGCAGAGGUUCAUCGUACCAGGGGGGAAGCGGUCAGGACGAUGUCACGAAACCCAUCAAGCAUAUGCUCGCUUUCAUCGAACAAGAAGCGAAUGAAAAGGUUGAAGAAAUUGAUUCAAAGGCCGAAGAAGAGUUCAACAUGGAAAAAGGGCGCCUCGUUCAGCAGCAGCGGAUCAUGAUCAUGGACUUCUACGCUAAGAAGGAGAAGCAGGUGGAACGUAUGCGAAAAAUCCAGAGCUCGCACGUGAAGAACCUCGCCCGUUUGCGCAUUCUGAACGCCAUGAACGACCACGUGGACAAAGUGUUAAGUGAAGCCAAGGGAAAUCUCGGAAUCAUCACGGGUCAGGAAAAAAGAUACCGGCCUUUUCUCGAAAGGCUUAUCCUGCAGGGACUGUACUCUGUCCUGGAAAAAGACGUGAUAGUCACCUGCCGACGCAAGGACACACAGAUCGUGCAGGCAGCGCUCGACGUGGCCUCCAAGGUGUACCGCAAGAAGACGAAUCUGAACGGCAGCAUCGUCCUGGACAAGGACAACUUCCUCCCGGACGAAUGCUUUGGAGGCAUCGAGCUCACAGCAAUGAAAGGGAGAAUGAAAGUGUGCAACACGCUCGACAACCGCCUCUCGCUUAUCUCGCAAAAGAUAAUGCCGCAGAUAAGAUCGGAUCUUUUCGGACCGAACCCAAAUCGAAAGCAUUUUGACUGAGGCCGUUAACCAGUGCGAGAAGAAGCGUGCACAAAUAAAAUGUGUGGGUGUAACAGAUA